AUGUCUGGAACCUGGGACACGUCUGCGCUCGAGCAAGCCGAGGCGCUGCGCCUGACGACCUUUACGAGCGAGACGGCGUUCGAGCUCGGCGUCUUGAUCCGCGACCGGAUCCGCGACGAGUUCCCGGGCAAGGGCGCCAUCGUCGACAUUCGCGCUGCGCAGAGCGAGCAGCAGCUCUUCUUUGCCGCGUCGGCAGAGGGCAGCCUUCCGGACAACGCUCACUGGGCACAGCGCAAGCGCAACGCCGUCCUGCGGUGGGGCAAGAGCACGGCGUCGCUCAACCUCAAGGGCUGGGGCACGACCGGGAUCCCGGCCCACUACGGCGCCAACAACGCCGACUACGCGUGCCACGGUGGCGGCUUCCCGCUUCGCGUCAAGGGCGUCGAAUCCCUCGUCGGCGUCGUCGUCGUCUCCGGUCUCAAGCAGGAGGAGGAUCACCAGGUCAUCGUCGACGUCCUCACCGAGUUUGUCGCAAAGCAGGACCAGGCCGCCGCAAAGUGA